AUGGAUACGGUCGUCUUUUUGGCAUUAGCGGUACUAGCUGCAGUGUUCAUAGUCUCGCUACUGGUCCUAAUAGUGAUGUGUCAACGUCGCCGCAUGCAAAUCAGAAGUUUUAAGCUCGCCACUGCCAGCCCAGGGUUUUCGAAAUUACGUAACGAGAAUCUCGAUGGUCACAUCAUGCAACUCAGCCCGCUUAUUGCUCAAGUUCUCGAUAAAAACGCUUGGGUUUACGACGUGACCGGUCUACUGCAACACUGCGUCGCUGUACUUCGCCUCUGCCAUCAGCUCACCGAUCAACUCGCUGCCGUUCCGCUGCAACAUGCGUCGCCACAACUCAGCCACAUGUUGUGUCAAGCAACAUUGCGCAUUAUGCCACGUUUUGACGAUCUGCUCAGCGCAGUUGCAAGCCCAUCGGUCGACAUUCGUGUGCUGGAAGCUCGCGCUACUGCCCUGGCCACAGUUUGUUGGGCAUUGUAUCUACCGUUCUCUCUCAUUAGUCAGAAGUACAGAGAGGCAAUGGGUGAACCGCUGCAGCAAAUGGACCAUCACCUGGAUGCUUUACGACAAGCAGCGGAAAUAGCCGAGAGGGCUAAUCUUGGGAAGCUGGAACUCGACUGGUCCCAUUUGGAUGCGGUAGCCGCGAAUGUAGCCGCUCAAGAAGCUGCUAAAGUAGUGACGGAAACCACGCCGCUCGUGGAUUCCGAGGAGAGAGGUGCUGAAGUGGGUGAUCCAUCCGCCGAACCCAUCGAUUUGUCAAAUUCCAUCCCAGUUAAUGGCAACCAUCCUAUUGACCCGAGUGGAUAA